UACAACAGUAGCUUAAUCGUCUAUCGCCAUAUUGCCACUGGUAACUGUAGAGUGUAGUUAAACAACUUAUCAAACUGCCAAAGUGACAAGUUCAACUUGUUUAAACUUAAUUACAAGGGUUAAAUUGAUGUUAUUGCUGUUAACUGGAGAAGUUUGGUUGAUAUAUUUGUUUUCUGGGUUUAAAUGCUCAAAGAUACGCUUCGAUAUUGCAAGCGUAUGGCAACAGGUGUUCAGGUACAUGCAGUUGGGCACAUGUUUGUUCAUUAAUUUUUCACAAUAUUGGGGGUAACCACUGAACACCGACGAUAGAAUUAAAUUGUUGAUAGAUAAUUCGUCGUUAAGAGAUUUUUAAUCUAAACUAUUAAGUAUGGAUUACGACUACUUGAUCAAAUUUUUGGCACUCGGCGACUCUGGAGUCGGUAAAACGAGCUUUUUGUAUCAUUACACCGAUGGACUUUUUAACGCACGUUUUGUAUCCACUGUGGGCAUUGAUUUCCGGGAAAAACGAGUGAUUUAUAGAACUACCAAUGGCAGAACUCAGCGGGUGCAUUUGCAAUUGUGGGAUACUGCCGGACAGGAGAGGUUUCGGAGUUUAACGACAGCAUUUUAUCGCGACUCAAUGGGAUUUCUUCUGUUGUUUGACCUGACGAAUGAGCAAUCAUUUCUCGAAGUGAGAAAUUGGCUGGAGCAGCUCAAGACUCACGCGUAUUGCGAGGAGCCAGAUAUUGUACUCUGUGGGAAUAAGUGCGAUCUGGAGGAACGUCGGGUGGUCAGCGAGCACAAGGCGCGAGAACUCGCCGAAAAAUACGGACUCGAGAGGGAAGGGGUGGUUGAUUGGGGAGAUGACGAGAGAUAUUCAGACGGCAUUAUGAAAGGGAAUUCUCACCCCUGACGGGUGAAAAAAAAUACUGAAAAUUAAACCUGAUUUCACCAAAGUUCUAGUCAAUAAAUGGGUAAAUUCGUUGAAAUUUCAAAGAAUACUGUCAUUUUUACUGGAGUUACUGCAUUUUCUACUAAAGUUUUGGUGAAAAUUCAGGAGUACUUCAGGGAUAAUAUUUGUAGUUAAAAUAAUAAACACGAGACAAAAUUACUGACAAGAGUCAAUAAACGAUCAAUUUAUAUUCCAGUUCUACAGAUAUCAGUGUUGAAUUAUCAAAUUCGGUGAUUGAAUCCUCGUUAAAAAAACAGUUUUUACAGUUCUCCAAUUAAAUAACUCAAAAGAAACAUUUAUCAAAUAUAUAAUAGAUGCUUUGAAUAUCGUAUAAAAAAACUUUGUGAUCUUCGAUGCCAAAAAACGAUCAAUUUACCUCUGUGUCAAUGCUUAUGAAUUAAUCAAUGGCACAAAACAAAUUAUAUUUAAAAGCGUGUUAUAUUUAUAAUAAAUUUCAUGUUGUUGCUUCUGAAAUGUAUUCCAAGAGAAAUGAUGCGUUCGAGUUAAAACGUGCGAUGUCGUCAGUUGGAAAGUUGUUAAAAAAUAAAAUUCAUUUAGUAAAAAUGA